AUGUUGAGCGCCGACACUACUCGCACUAUUGUUGGGAUCAUUGGGAACGUGAUUUGCUUCGGGCUAUUCCUCUCGCCAGUUCCAACAUUCGUGGAAAUAUGUAGGAAGAAGUCGGUGGAGCAGUUCUCUUCGAUCCCUUACCUGGCAGCACUGGCAAAUUGCAUGUUGUGGGUCUUCUAUGGACUACCCGUUGUCCAGCCCGACACAAUCCUCAUCUCCACCAUCAAUGGCGUCGGCGUUUUUGUUGUUAUUAUCUACCUCACAAUUUUCUUCUUCUAUUCGCCAAAGGAAACGAGGGUGAAGUUGUUGGCGAUAUUGGCAGGGGAGGUGGUUUUAAUGGCAAUGGUGGUGACUUUGGUGCUAACAGUGGUACACACGCACGAUGUGAGGUCUCUUAUUGUAGGAAUUCUCUCUAUCAUCUUCUGUGUCUGCAUGUAUGCCUCACCACUCUCCGUCAUGAUGCUUGUGAUGAACACGAGGAGCGUAAAAUACAUGCCAUUUUGGCUUUCUUUCGCUGGCUUUCUCGAUGGCGUAUGCUGGACGUCAUAUGCACUCAUCAAAUUUGACAUAUUCGUAUUGAUACCAAACGGUUUGGGAGCAAUCUUGGGGCUCUUCCAGCUAUCGAUAUAUGCAUUUUACUAUGAACGGAAUCCCAUCGAAGAACAUGAUGAGAAUGAGAAGAAUAUAGAGAUAGCAUAAAAAAUUCAUUCAAAUUUCUUUAGAAUGCUGAGAGUUUAAACCUCUGAGAUAUUUUGAUUCAGUUUCAUGUUUAAUGCUGAUCCUUCAUGUUUUUUUGUUUUGUUUUGUUUCAUAUUUCCAGUACGUAUGUGGAGAGGAUCGAAGAGCUGAAAUACAGUGUUUAUAGUGCUAUUGAAAAGUUCUC